AUGAAUACAGACGUACCAUCAACUGGUGACGAACUCAAAAUCCUUAAGGCCAAUGGCACCGAGAUGUCACGAGUUAAAAAUGUUGAUGCUCAUGGUAAAGCUCUACUAUGGGUUCCUCAUGAGAAAGAUGGCUUUGCGCUAUCGUUUAUAAUCAAUGAACCGGACAACGAGGGCUAUGUCGAGGUUGAGUUUCUGGAAUCACAUGAACGACAGCGAGUUAGUCGAGAUGACUAUCAGAAAGUGAAUCCACCAAGAUUCGACAAAUGCGAAGAUAUGUCGAGUAUGUCGUGCUUAAACGAGGCUUCAGUUCUUCAUAAUCUGAGGCAACGUUACUUCUCCAAUCUGAUUUAUACAUACUCUGGUCUCUUCUGUGUUGUCGUAAACCCAUAUAAGCGAUUGCCCAUAUACACUGACUCCAUUGCUGAGCUGUAUAAGGGAAGGAAGAGGAAGGAGAUGCCACCACAUAUUUUUGCUGGUCGCCUUGAGGAGCAACUGCUGCAAGCGAAUCCUAUUCUAGAGGCUUUUGGAAAUAGUAAAACCAUUAAGAAUGAUAAUUCAUCUCGUUUUGGAAAAUUCAUACGGAUCCAUUUUGAUGGCGCCGGUUGUAUUUCUGGAGCUAACAUUGAAUUCUAUCUUCUGGAGAAAUCUCGUAUUCUUCGUCAAUCAGCCAUGGAAAGAUGUUUUCACAUUUUUUAUCAAAUUAUUAAAGGAGCCAGUACCGAACAACGCGCAGCACUACUACUUGAGUCCUGUCCUGAAAAGUAUCACUUCCUUUCAAACGGCGACGUGUCCAUUGCUGGUGUUGAUGACGCAGUUGAAUACAAGGAAACCUUGCGUGCCAUGAAUAUUAUAGGAUUUAAAGAUGACGAAAUUCAAUCUAUCUUGCGAAUUGUCUCCGCCGUUAUGCUAUUUGGGAACCUUAACUUUUCUCAUGAGGGAAAGAAUUCGGAUCAAGCGGUUCUGGUAAACGACAGUGUAGCUCAGAAAAUUUGUACUCUUAUGGGACUUCAUUUGAGCGAAGUUAUGAGAGCUUUUUUGAAACCAAAGAUAAAGGUUGGUCGUGAGUACGUGCAUCGGAGUCAAAACGAAGAGCAAGCGAGGUUUUCCGUUGGUGCUAUAACAAAAGCAACUUAUGAGCGAUUAUUCAGAUGGCUGGUACAACGUUUGAAUAAAUCGCUGGAUCGCACUAGGGAACAUGCUGUGUCAUUUCUUGGAAUUCUAGACAUUGCUGGCUUCGAGAUUUUCGAAAUGAACUCCUUCGAGCAGCUUUGCAUCAACUACACUAAUGAAAAGCUGCAGCAGCUAUUCAAUAACACCAUGUUUGAAAAAGAACAGCAAGAAUAUCUCAACGAGGGUCUUGAAUGGGAUAUGAUUGAUUUUGGUUUGAACCUAAAGCCAACAAUCGACCUAAUUGAGAAGCCUAUGGGUAUUUUAUCAACCUUGGACGAUGUCUGUCUAUUCCCUCAAGGAAAUGAUGUCGGAUUUGUUGAAAGGCUAGCUUCGCAGCACCACAGCCAUCCAAAAUAUCUUAUACCUGAAAUGCGUUCUAAGAGUGAUUUCGCGCUAGUGCAUUACGCUGGUCGCGUUGAUUACAAAGCUACGGGAUGGCGUGUCAAGAACAUGGAUCCUCUUAAUGAAAAUGUUGUCGAGCUUCUUCAGCUUAGCAAGGAUCCACUUGUCGCUGAAAUCUGGAAGGACGUGUCAGAAACUGCAACCGUGUUUGGCAGUCGAGUGAAGAAAGGAAUGUUCCGGACAGUAUCACAGAUGUACAAAGAUCAGUUAUCACGUCUGAUGACUACGCUGAACAACACGUAUCCUCAUUUCGUACGAUGUAUUAUUCCCAACCAUGAGAAGCGACAUGGCAGUUUGAAUGCCCACCUUGUGUUGGAUCAACUUAGAUGCAAUGGAGUUCUUGAAGGAAUAAGGAUUUGCCGUCAGGGAUUUCCCAAUCGUAUCACAUUCCAGGAGUUUCGACAAAGAUAUGAAAAACUUCUUGCUCCUUGCGCAAUUCCUGAGGGAUUCAUGGAUGGGAAGGAAGCUGUUCGGUUUGUUUUACAUUAUCGUUUGCUAUCACUUACAAAGUUAAUGAUGGACUCAAGGAACUCAACGAGUUUGCACUAUCUUUAUAGUCGAAUUCUCGAAGCAAUGGAAGUUCAACCAUCUCUCUAUCGAAUAGGGCAGUCAAAAGUGUUUUUCCGAACAGGUGUUAUUGCUGGAUUAGAAGAAGAUCGUGAUGACAAAUUAGCUAUUCUUGUUGGUGGUUUCCAGGCUUUUUGUCGUGGUUUCUUGGCUCGUCUUGAUUUCACUCGCCGACGUGAACGAACUGCGGCGAUUCGGAUUAUUCAGCGAAAUGGUUUGGCAUGUAUCCGUCUUCGUGGUUGGCCUUGGUGGAAGUUGUUUACGAAGGUCAAGCCGUUGUUAGAAAUAACAAAUAAGGACAUGGUAAUCGCCGAAAAGGAACAGCAACUUAGAUCUACUUCAGAAAGACUCAGAAGAAGCGAAAUAUUUAUCAAUGAUAUGUCUCGUGAAAUUGAAAAGUUUGGCGAAGAGCGCAAUCGACUGCAAGAGAAGCUUGAUAUAGAGAGCAUGGAGCGUGCUGAAGCAGAUGAAGCGCGUCAACGUAUUGCGGCUCGAAACAUAGAGCUGGAAUCUGCUCUUGAACAAUUGGAAAAGCAACUGCGUUUGGAAGAACAACGACAUGAAGAAGCGGAUCGUAUUCGAAGGAAACUUAUGGAGGACGCACAUGAAAUAGAACUUCGUCUUGAGCAGGAGGAGCGUGCUCGUCAAAUAUUACAACUUGAAAAGGUUGAAGUCGAGAAAAAGCUGAGGGAUAUUGAAAUACGAAGUGUUGAUAGCGAAGAAUUUGCGGGAAGGCUUGCAAAAGAAAAGCGCGUGUUGGAAGAACGAGUGAAGGACUUGUCAUCUCGUCUAAUUGAUGAAGAGGAGAAAUCGAAAUCCCUUCUGAAGCAGAAAAACAAGGCAGAAAUUUCUUUAUGCGAUAUGCAACAACAGUUAGAAAGGGAGAAGUUAACCCGAAGUGAAUGUGAAGUUGCCAAAAGAGUGGUCGAUGCCGAACUAAGGGAAGCACGGGAAUCAACGGCCAACCUACUACAGAAAAUUGAGGAACUUUCUCAGAUAAUCAGUCGUAAAGACUCGGAAUUGACCGGUGUCAAGCUUAGUUCUUUACCUCAUUCAUUCCUUAGAUGCGAUGAAGAAGCGUCAGCUCGUCAACAGCUAGAGAAGGUUGUUCGCGAGAUUCAAACUCGGCUGGAUGAGACACUCGAGGAUCUGAAACAGGAACAUUCUUUGCGCAUGAAGGCUGAGAAAGCGCGUCGAGAUUUGAGCGAAGAAGUUGAAAGCUACAAAAGCCAACUUACAGAAAGCAUUCGUGAAGCUGAUGAGCGGUGUGAAGCUUUACGCAUAAAAUAUCAGAGGCAAAUAGAAGAGCUGGUGGAAGAAGUGAAUUUGUUAAAGAAGUGCAAAACAGUGAGUGAUAAGACAAUUGCUCAACUUGAGACUGAGCUAGCUACUUGUAAAACUGACCUUACCAAUAUGCAAGCAUUGCAGAAUGAGAGCGAAAGGCGCAGAAAGGUAGCCGAAAACCAGCUCGCCGACCAAACGCUUCGUUCGCAACAGUAUUGCGAGGAAAAAGAGCAGCUUCUUGCAAGAGUAACAAAAUUAACAAGUGAACUAGAGACCGUUUUGGAAGGGAGAGAAUCAGAAAUGCGAACUCAUGGAGACCUAUUGAAGAAGAUAGCCGUUCUUGACUUGCAGAUUUCUGAAAUGACGGAGGCGAGUGAAGAGGCAAAUAUUACUCGCUCAAACCUCACCGCAAAGUUACGCAAAGCAGAGGACAACCUCGCCGAGUCGCUGGAAACUCAAUUUGAGCUGAAGCAGGCUGUUGAAAAAUCCGAAAAAGAAGCAGCUUCACUUAGAUCGCAACUCGCAGAUUCUCGAAAGCGACUUGACGAGGCGGUUACUGAGUCUGUUGAGGAAGCAAAACGCUUGCAUGGGCGUGAAUUAGCUGCGGCUAUAGAUAGAGCUGAAGAGGCAGAGGUAGCUCGUGACAAAGCCCAACAUGCUAAAUUGAAAGCUCAGCAAGAGUGCCGUUCAUCGCGUUCAUUGUGUAGUAUUAAAACUUGUCAUUCCUAUGUUCUGGCGGAAGAUGCAUGUCGAGAGGUCAGUGAAAUUACAUCUUCUCUGAGGGAAUGUGAACGUAGACAACGGAAGUUCGAUCAGCAACUCGCCGAUGAAAAAGCGCUUACGAACAGAGCAACGUCUGAACGUGAUGUCGCUCAGCAACAGGCUCGAGAUGCGGAGACACGUUUCUUAAAUGCGGUUAAGGAAUUGAAGGAGUUGCGCGAACAAAAUGAAGCUUUGGAAAAAGAAAGACGGUUCUUACGACUAGAAGUUGACAAUUUGGUGCAUUUCGCCGAAUUUCCCAUUGCUUCCACGAAGGAUGACGAGGGAAAAAAUGUCUUUGAAUUAGAGAAAAUGAAGAAACGUUUGGAGGAGGAACUUAGUCAAGCAAAGGAACAGAUCAUCGAACUAGAAGACGCACUUCAGAUGGCUGACGAUGCCAAGUCUAGAGCAGAAGUAAUGCUUCAGGGAGCUAGACAAGAUUGUGCCAGACAGUUGGCACAGAGGGAGCAAGAUGAAGAGGACAAAAAACGAUCGAUGGCCAAUCGAUUGCGUGAAUUGGAAGAAGAAUUAGGCGCAGAACAUCGGUUAAAAUCGCAAGCCGUAGCAAUGAGGAAGAAGUUGGAUACACAGAUUCAAUCUCUGCAAGAGGAAGUAGAACAUCUUUCCAAGCAAAAUGAGGAAUUAAACCGUCAGAUACGGCGAGCUCAACAGAAUACAAAAGAAGCGGAAACCGAAGGAGCUGAAGCUCGCGCAUCUAUGGAUGAAGCUGUUUGCAGAGCCCGAGACGUUGAGAAAAGACUCCGAGUAGCGGAAACAGAUAUUUCUCGGCUUUCCGAGGACUUGUCCAGUUGUCAAGCCGCUCGAAGAAAAAUCGAAGCUGAGCGAAACGAUCUCGUUGAGGAAUUAGCUUCCAUUCGGAAAGGAGUUCUUGGGCAAGAAGAGAAGAACAGAUAUGAAAGACGAAUUACGGACUUGCAAGAAAUGCUUGACGAGGAGCAGGCCAGCAACGAACUCGCAAAUGAUAAACUGAGAAAAGCUCAAGCACAGGUGGUUCUACAAUAUUUUCAUAAUUCUGGUUCAACAUCAGUGUGCCAGUUUGUCGAGCAACUCACAUCAGAACUUACAAUGGAACGCUCGCUAUGUGAACGCGCCGAUGCUGAGAAGAUAACCCUAGAACGUACUAUUCGAGAGUUGAAAGCGCAGGUUGAAGAAGUAGAAAGUGUGUCUGUUAUUCUUCUUCUUUUCAUCGAGCAUCCUGUUUUAUCUAAAAAGGUGAGUACGGCAAAUCGUUUGCGCACUCAAUUGACGACAGCGGAAGCUAAAUCUCAAAAGCUAGAGCAGCUGCUUCAGGUUGAAGAACAGGAAAAAGCUCGAUUUUGCCGACAAGUCCGUCGACUUGAAGCUCGAUUAAUGGAGACGAAUGCACAGCUCGAGGAGGAUAGACGUCAGAUGGAUCAGCACCGACAGUUGGUAGGAUCUAAAGAUCUACCAAAGCAACAUUUUCCACGUAUAUUGCUCUCGAAUAUACUUAUUCUCAUAUUAGAGUCGGAACGUUCAAAUGCGCGAUACAAAGCUGAACAACGCCGUGUUGUUGAAUUGGAGGAAGAAAUAGCCGCUUCAAAGUCGAAGUAUCGAGAGUUGUCAAGACAACUGAUGGAUGCGAACGAAGUGAAUGAUUCGUUAACACGAGACAUGAACGCUCUCAGAGUUAGUAACUCUUCAUUCCUAAAAUUCUUGUCGCAGUGA